AUGGUAACAGUCAAUAUAGGAAUGCUCCAUUAUGUAAUAGACCAUAUUUAUGGAGCAUUUAUGCACAGAAGCAAAAUAAGCCCACCAUUCUUUUCUAGAGGAUGGGGUGGUUCAAAGCUUGAGCUUCUAGAGAGAAUGAUUAAGGACUUGUUCCCCGAAGUUGAAGGCCAAAAUUUGCCUCCAAGAUUAAUACAACCUAUUUGGAGAACGGUUUGGGAGACCAAAACUGCUUGUUUAAGAGAAGGGGUUUUUAGGACUACUUGUGAUGAACAGUUGAUUAGUGCAUUGCCUCCUGAGAGUCACACUGCAAGGGUUGCUUUUCUUUCACCCAAGUAUGUCCAGCCACAGAAGAUGGCCUGUGUGGUUCAUCUUGCAGGCACUGGGGACCAUACAUAUGAUCGUAGAUUGCGUCUUGGUGGACCAUUAUUGAAGGAAAAUAUUGCAACUAUGGUGCUAGAGAGCCCUUUCUAUGGACGGAGACGGCCCAUGCUGCAGCGUGGUUCAAAGCUCUUGUGUGUUAGUGACCUGCUUUUAUUAGGUAGAGCAACCAUUGACGAGACACGUAGUCUUUUACAUUGGUUAGAGUGUGAGGCAGGGUUUGGAAAGAUGGGUGUUUGUGGACUUAGUAUGGGAGGAGUACAUGCUGCAAUGAUUGGAUCACUGCACCCCACACCUGUUGCAACCCUUCCUUUUCUCUCUCCACACUCUGCUGUUGUGGCAUUCUGUGAGGGGAUAUUAAGGUAUGGCACUGCCUGGGAGGCACUGAGAGAGGAUCUUGCAGUGCAAAAGACUGCAAUGACUCUCGAGGAGGUGAGAGAACGGAUGCGAAACGUGCUGUCUCUCACAGAUGUCACACGCUUUCCAAUUCCCAAGAAUCCCAAUGCUGUAAUAUUUGUUGCUGCUACUGAUGAUGGUUACAUACCAAAACAUUCUGUCUUGGAGCUUCAAAAAGCUUGGCCAGGUUCAGAGGUGAGAUGGGUUACUGGAGGACAUGUCUCGUCCUUCCUUCUGCACAAUGAUGAAUUUCGGAGAGCAAUUGUUGACGGGCUUAACAGAUUAGAGUGGAAGGAGCCUCCAUUGUGA